AAACGCAAAGCGGCAAGACAACGUAAGCCUGUAAAUAAAAAACGAGUGCGUCCGUGGGAGGAUGACCCGGAGGAAGAAAUUCCUCAUGAUGAUUCUAUUAUUACGAUCGCAGAAUUAUGCAAAGAUCUUAAAAGAGGAAGAAAAUCAAAUACAUUUAAAGAACUAGAACUUGCCAAAUAUAAGAAACUUCAACUUAAAC